UUUAAUUUAUAAGUUGCUAGGAAAGUUCCAGAGUUUUGUGGCUAACUUCAUGGCAUUGUCCGCUGCUCGUCGCGCAAAAUCGAUACCUUGCGUAGCACACCCGCUGUCCGCGACACACACACUGAUCAAUCUCCUUUGGGUUCAUCCCAUAGUCAGCUAGGACUGUAGACACGAGGAGGGUGUGGCUGCAAGCCGAGAAGAUGCUGACGAUCCCGUGUUACCUCGAGACUUUUCCAAGAGAGAUAGUCAAACCAUAGCACUUCCACGAAGUUCCAAGUAAUCUAUAAACAUCCAGCAUUCACACUCGAUUGUCUCACAAAUCAUAAUGUCUCCUCCUGUUUCUUGCUCCUCCAUCGCUAUCUUAGCACUGAUUUUGCUCGUUGCCGAUGCCCGGUCGUCCUUGGAUCACGAUUGUUUGUGCACCGCAUUUCAAUCCAGCUGCUGGCCAGAUCCCAGCGCCUGGGACACCUUCAACUCCUCCCUCGAUGGAAGGCUCAUCAAAGUCCUGCCUCCAGCGGCGCCCUGUCACGAGAGCAACUUCGAUGAGCAAGCUUGCCAAAUUGUACGAGAGAGAUGGAGCUCACCUUUCUGGAGGUCGGAUCAGCCGGGAGCCAUGCAGGCCAGCAACUGGGAAGCCAGCGGCGACCAGAGCUGCCUCAUCUCCUCCCCUCGCAACUCGAGCUGCUCUCAGGGCUCCGUUCCAGUCUAUGCCGUGAAUGUCUCCACUCCAUCUCACGUCCAAUCUGCGGUAAGGUUUGCAUCCACCAAGAACAUCCGGCUAGUGAUCAAGAACACCGGGCACGACUUCUUUGGAAAGAGCACUGCGGCUGGAUCUCUCAGCAUCUGGACGCAUCACCUGAAGAACAUAAGCUUCCACCACGACUUUGUCGCCAAGAGAUGCUCAGUGUCCCCGGUAUCGGCAGUGACGGUCGGAGCUGGAGUCCAGUGGGAGGAGCUCUACCAGGCAGUGUUCAAGCAAGGUAAAGUGAUCGUCGGGGCUGGGGGUGUUACUGUUGGAGCUGCCGGUGGAUAUCCACAGGCCGCUGGACACAGUCCAAUCUCUCCAGCCUUCGGCCUCGCAGCGGACAAUGUCUUGGAGUAUGAAGUCGUGACUGCUGCUGGAGAUCUCGUUGUUGCUAACGGCUGCCAAAACGAGGAUCUCUUCUGGGCUCUUCGAGGGGGCGGAGGAGGAACUUUUGGAGUCGUGGUCUCUGCUACACACCGGACGCAUCCGCAGCUGGAAGAUCUCGCCUUCGCUGGCUACUCCAUCAAUGCCAGAGAUAGAUCCAGCUUCCUGGACUUGCUCACAAACUUUGCCGUGAUCCAUCCCAGUCUCUCGGAAGCUGGAUGGUCGGGAUACUUCGGACUGUCCAGCCAGAGCUUGCAGGUCUCGUAUCUUCUUCCCAACAAGGACGUGUCUUUCGCAAACCGGACGCUAGCAACAUUCCUUGACUACGUUGAGAAGCAUCCAAAGCUCCAAGGAAAUGGAAGCGUGGUCUCUCUUUCAUCGUUCCAAGAGUAUUACUCGCAAUUCCUGUGUGGAGGCCAGAAUUCCUGCGUCAACUCCAACGGCUCCGCCACUCCCCUCCUUCUCUCCUCCAGGCUAAUCCCAAAAUCCCUCUUCCACAGCCGCAAAUCCGUGGAGCCGCUCUCAGAUGCCCUUGUCUCGAUCCUGGAGCGCUACCCGCCUCCGUUGACGAUCUUUGGCGCAUUCGUGGCCGGCGGAGCAGUGGCAAGGCCGCGAGAUGAGAAUGCCGUGAAUCCGGCAUGGCGCCGAGCCCUUUUGUUCGUGAUUAUCGGCAGCGGCUGGAGAGAUGGGGCGAGCCUGGAGGAGCAGCGCGAGGUUGCAAGGAAUGUGAGCGCCGCGAACAAGCUGCUCAUCGAUGUGACGCCUGGAUCAGGAACUUACAUCAACGAGGCGGAUUUCAACGAGCCGGACUGGCAGCAAUCCUUCUUCGGCGAGCACUACCCUCGCCUCCAGGCCAUCAAGAGCAAGGUCGAUCCAUCCGGCCUCUUUCGCUGCCAUCACUGCGUCGGUAGCGAGAAGUGGAGCAAUGACCUAAAUUGUCCAAGGAAAAAUUAGGGUUCAUAUAAAUAAUUUGCAAUAUGCAGGCUCUUGUGACCUAAUAUCCCAUGUUUAUUGGUUUGACGCUAA